AUGCCAGAGCGAUCAAGCUUGCGUACAGAAUCACUUUCAGAAUUCCCGAUUGCAGGUUCUCAGACUAGUCCUAUCAAAGACCAAUCUAGUGAAAUGUCACAUAUUCAGUAUAUUUGGGACAGCCCUUGGCCUGAGCAUGACCUUAGACCUUAUGAGAUGUCGAAGUGUCACGGAGGAGUCAUCGCCGCCUUCACUGAGACUGGCCAAGCAGAAUCGUCUAUAAAGGUUCCAGAGCAACGGGCUUACAGCGGUCGGAAGCCUAUUAUACCAUCCCCUCUCGCUGACAUUCCCUGCACUACCCUCGGCGUUCAGGGCCUCUUAAAUCAGCUCAAUACAACCCUCGGAACAUCACACACCCUUGCGAAUGCAUUCAUCUUCUCCCUUCUGGAGGACUACAUCUCGAAGCUCUUGGAUACGGUUUCAAAGUUCACAUUUGUCGCUGCCAUUAACAUACAACACCUAAUUGUCCACCGUCCUCUAAUAUUCGCACCUGUUCAAUUCCAAAUGCGCACCCUCCCACUUUCAAAGGCGCUGGAAUACAACAUAUCACUGUCCCCAAUCGCUUUCACGCUGCACAGUGAGUAA